CGCCGCGCUCGUGUUGCCUUGCAGACGCCACCGCCCGCCGCCGUACUCUUUCAUUUGCCGCGAUGGUCAACCCCACCGUGUUCUUCGACAUCGCCGCCGACGGCGAGCCCAUAGGCCGCAUCUACUUCGAGCUGUUUGCAGAUAAAGUUCCAAAGACAGCAGAAAACUUUCGUGCUCUGAGCACUGGGGAGAAAGGAUUUGGUUAUAAGGGUUCCUGCUUUCACAGAAUUAUUCCUGGGUUUAUGUGCCAGGGUGGUGACUUCACACGCCAUAACGGCACUGGUGGCAAGUCCAUCUACGGGGAGAAGUUUGACGAUGAGAACUUCAUUCUGAAGCAUACAGGUCCUGGCAUCUUGUCCAUGGCUAAUGCUGGACCCAACACAAAUGGUUCCCAGUUUUUCAUCUGCACUGCUAAGACAGAGUGGUUGGAUGGCAAGCACGUGGUCUUCGGCAAGGUGAAAGAGGGCAUGAGCAUUGUGGAAACCAUGGAGCGCUUUGGGUCCAGGAAUGGCAAGACCAGCAAGAAGAUCACCAUUUCCGACUGUGGACAAAUUUGAUUUGUGUUUCGUCUUAACCAACAGACCAUUCCUUCUGUAGCUCUGUAGCUCAGGAGAGCGUCCCACCUCCCCUGGUCUGCUCACAGUAUCCUAUCAUUGUGCUCUCGCUGCAGUUCUUUGGGUUCUACAUUAUCCUCCCCCUUCCAAGUCUAGCUGGAUUUCAGAGUUUAAGUUUAUGAUUAUGAAAUAAAAAGUUAAACAACCA